AUGCCGGCUGCUGGAUGGGUGAAAAUGACGGAGAAGGAGCGUGCCUUGGCCCAGCGCUGGUACGACGAGGGGAAGUCGCCGUCCACCAUUGCGGAGUUGCUCGACCGCGACACGUCCACGCUGACGCGGCUGCUAUGCAAGCAGGAGGCAGCCAAAAAGCAGGGUCGCCCCUCUGCUUUGACCAAGGCCCAGGUGGACUAUCUCGAGCGGAAGCUGGAUCAAAUGAUCGUCAAGGCGGACGGCCAGAAGAUGAUCACGGUGGAGGCUCUGCAGAAAGCAACCAAAACAAAAGCUGGCACGCAGACCAUCUUGAAAGCUCUCCACGAGCGCGACAUCUACUUCCGCAAACUCCGCGAGAAGCCAGUGCUCACCCCGGCCGACGUCAAAGCCCGCAAGGCGUUUGCUAGCACAUAUCGGCAUAAGUCGCGUGCAUGGUGGCUGCAGCAUGUCCAUGCCUUCAUCGACGGCAAGUACUUCCAGGUAUACUUGACUGGAGCCGAGCGUGCCAGGGCAGCGAAGCACAGCACCUUCGGCGCAUACAGACGCCCCGGCAAGGGCCUCUGCGCCGGCUACGUCAAGCCAAAGAAGGGCGGCCUCAAGCACUACACAGGGGUGAAGGGCGUGCUGUUGCAGGUCGGCAUUGGCGGCGGAAAGGUCGUGACAGUGCACGAGGUCACGGGCCGCUGGAGUGGCCAAGCCGCCGUGACGUUCUACGAAGCACUUGGUCGCGGCCUGGCCAAGGCAUGGCCGGGCAAGCGUAGAUACACUAUCCUCGAGGACAACGAUCCGACGGGAUACAAAUCUGCGAAAGGCAC